AUGAGCGCAUCAAACAACAUCAAGGUCGUGUGUCGCUUCCGGCCGCCGAACAAGAUCGAGCUCGCCAACAAUGGCGGCGAGAGUAUCGUCCAGAUUGACGAGGAGGGGACGACGGUCAAGCUGCAGUCGCAAGAGGCGAUGAAGGGACCGGAUGCGCAGGGCUUCACGUUCGACAGGGUGUUCCAGAUGGACACGAAGCAAGAGGAGGUGUUCGAGUACGGCGUCAAGGGCAUCGUCGACGAUGUGAUGAACGGCUACAACGGCACAGUAUUCGCAUACGGACAAACGGGCUCGGGCAAGUCGCACACGAUGAUGGGACCGGACAUCGACAGUCCCGAGAUGAAGGGUAUCAUUCCCCGUAUCACCGAGCAGAUCUUUGCCUCUAUCAUCGCCUCGCCGGCCAACAUCGAAUACCUCGUCAAGGUUUCAUACAUGGAGAUCUACAUGGAGAAGAUCCGCGACUUGCUCUCUCCCGAGAACGACAACUUGCCCGUGCACGAGGACAAGCAGCGCGGCGUCUACGUCAAGAACCUAUCCGAGUUCUACGUCGGCAACUCGGCGGAGGUGUACGAGGUCAUGCGACAGGGUGGAAGUGCUCGUGCCGUUUCCGCGACAAACAUGAAUGCCGAGUCCUCUCGCUCGCACUCGAUCUUCGUCAUCACCAUCCAGGCCCGCAACACCGAAACUGGCACGCAGAAGACUGGCUCGCUCUACCUCGUCGACUUGGCUGGUUCCGAGAAGAUUGGCAAGACGGGCGCGACGGGCCAGACACUCGAGGAGGCGAAGAAGAUCAACAAGAGUCUGUCGGCCCUCGGAAUGGUCAUCAAUGCCCUGACGGACGGAAAGUCUUCGCACAUCCCCUACCGCGACUCGAAGCUCACUCGCAUCUUGCAAGAGUCGCUCGGCGGUAACUCGCGCACGACGCUCAUCAUCAACUGUUCGCCCUCGCCCUACAACGAGACCGAGACGCUCUCGACCCUCCGCUUCGGUAUGCGCGCCAAGUCCAUCAAGAACAAGGCCCGAGUCAACGCCGAGCUGUCGCCUGCCGAGCUCAAAGCGUUGCUCAAAAAGGCGCAGCGAGACUACAGCAACGCCGGCGCCUACAUCGGCCUGCUCGAGCAGGAGGUCAACGUCUGGCGCGAGGGUGGCAAGGUCGAGAAGGAGCAAUGGGCGAGCAUGGAGAAGGCUCUCGGACUCGGCGAGGGCGAACUCGAGAAACUCGUCGGCGGGCCAGCGAAGAGUCCGACGCCUGGCUCAGCACCCGGACGGACGACACCUCGACCACCUGCGCUCGACCGUAUCAGCGAGGGAGACGUCAGCAGGCCAGAUACGCCGAUGAGUGGGUCGCUAGGCGCAGACGAGCGGGAAGACUUGCUGCGAAGACAGAACGAGAUGGAGGACCAGCUUGCGAAGACGGAGUCGCAACUGUCCUCGCAGGAGAAGCUCAUCCGAGAUCUUCGCGAAGAGCUGUCGUCGCUCAAGGAGUCCGAAUCCUUCGCUCUGUCUGAAUCGAAAGCCAUGAGCGGCGAGGUUGCCGACCUGCGCUUGCAGCUCGAGCGAUUGCGGUACGACAGCAAGGAGGCGGCGAUCACGUCCGACUCGCUCAAGGAGCAGAAUGCCGAACUCGAGCGAGAGCUGGAGGAGUUGCGGAGAACGCUCGCGGAUGCCAAGACCACGCAGAAGUCGGCGGAACAGGAGGGCAAGGACAAGAAGAAGGCCGAGCGGAUGGCGGCGAUGAUGGCAGGCUUCUCUGCGGGCGGUCUAUCGGAACGCGAAUCGGAGAUCCGCGCCUCGCUCGCUCGCCUCGACGACGCCGUCAACGCGGACAAGCCUUUGUCGCCGGACGACAUCGCAACUCUGCGACGACAGCUCGAGGACACGACUGUCUCGCUGCGUGAGCAGCAGGACAAGUCGAAGCAGGUGCACGAGGAGAACGACCUGUUGACGAGGCGGCGCGACGAGCUUGAGCAGCGGCUGGGCACGCUCGAGCAGGAGUACGAGGAGUUGUUGGACAAGACGGUCGCAGACGAAGAACGCGCGAACGCCGACCACGUCCAGGACAUUCGGAAUAAGCUCGAGGCGCAGUACGCGAUGAAGCUUGACGCCGCUCUCAACGAUGCGAACGACCUCAAGCAGCAGAUCGAGCUCAAGUCGCAGGAGGUCAAGAGCGUCAAUGCGAAGCUCGAGCAGGCGCGGGCCGCCAACCUUGAGCUCGAGCGCGCCUUCAAGAUCACUAGGGCCAGCAUCGAGGGCGGCAAAAACCUCGAAGAGGCGGCGAAGGACCUCGAGCGUCAGCACAAGGCUGUUGCGCAGCAGCUCGCCGACUUUGACACGAUGAAGAAGAGCUUGAUGCGCGACUUGCAGGACCGGUGCGAGAAGGUGGUCGAGCUCGAGAUCUCGCUGGACGAGGCGCGCGAGAACUACCGCAACCUUGCGAAGAACUCGAACAGCAAGGCGCAGCAGCGCAAGAUGGACUUCCUGACGCGAAACCUCGACCAGCUCACCAUCGUGCAGAAGCAGCUCGUCGACCAGAACACGAUCCUCAAGCGCGACGUCGCCCUUGCCGAGCGCAAGCUCAUCGCGCGCAACGAGCGGAUCCAGAACCUCGAAGCAUUGCUGCAAGACGCCAACGACAAGCUCAACCAGCAGAACGCCAAGUUCGAGGCGCGGUUGCAGGCUGUCCGCGAGAGGCUCGACCAGGCGAGGGCGCAAAAUCAGCCUGCGAUGGCCUCGAGCCUCAACUUUGGGCGCAUCGCCAAGCCGCUUCGGGGCGGAGGCGCCGAAGCCGAGUCCAACUCGUCGCAAGACCGCCGCACCUCGGGCUUCUUCAGCCGCUUCGGCUCCGCAGCGCGAUAG